CAUCAUUUACUCUGUUCCUCACAAGCAAUAAAAAUCUCACAACAUACAUAUACAGUACUGGAAAUGGCUAAAUCUCAAGUUUCCUACACCAUUUUCUUUGCCCUUCUCAUCUGUUUCCUCCUUGUAGCAUCCAAUGAGAUGCAGAUGGCUGAAGCUAGAGUUUGUUCGAGGCUGAGCAAGACAUGGUCUGGAUUAUGCCUGAACUCCGGGAACUGCAACCGGCAGUGCAGGAACUGGGAGGGGGCUCUGCGUGGAGCUUGUCACAAAAGGGGCUGGGGAUUCGCUUGCUUUUGCUACCGGAAAUGCUGAGAUUAAUCAUGUCAACGUGCUGUCUUCGUAAUCACAUGAAUGAAUAAAUAGUUGCUAUUCGGUCAGCAACUAUAUAUGUAUCGAAAUCACUUAAGUACCAAUGUGUCUGUGUUUGUGUAUGUUACUACUUAAGGCCUUCAGCUUCAUAAUAUAAUUAUCAAUAUUAACAACCAGGAUUUAGUGUUCGAA